AUGGACAUCGAGCCUUACGCCGCUCCAGAGUCACCCGAGGCUUACGAGAACGACAAUCCACUCUUCCGCCCUUACAUUGGUAUGGUCGAUGAUGUCGACGACGAGUUUGAGAUCACGCGUGCCAAAUACUCGACGUCUCUCGAUGUGCGUGGCUAUAUUCCCGUCUAUGAGUACAUGGCUGGCACGCAACCUAUCAUGUGGGAUCGCGAGACAGGCUUUGUACACUUUACUGGGAUUUGGAAAUGUCUCGGUAAUUCCAAGGCAGACAUUGUGCGCGUUGUUGAUUCCAAUCCUGAGCUCGGGGUGACCAAGAUCCGUGGUGGAUUCCUAAAGAUCCAAGGCACCUGGAUGCCCUUUGAGCACGCAAAGACACUCUGUCGACGUACGGCGUGGCGGAUCCGCGACAAGCUUGUUCCUUUGUUUGGGCCCAACUUUGCAGACGAGUGUCUGCCACCCACACACGAAGAUUAUGGCUGCUUGCUAUUGGAUCCAAAAAGCGCAGCACCGCAUCGCUCCGCCGCUCACCAUCAUCAUCAUCAUCAUCAAAGACGCAAUAACAAUGCAGCUACGACAACCACCACGACGACGACAGCAGUGGGUGGCGGUGACGAAGCACCCUCAUCACCGGCAAACACCACGCCAUCUCCGUCGUUUGCCCGUCGCAAGACGCCUCCGCCUUCGCAUCACACUAGCUCAUUUCGGUUUCCAUUUUCGCCAUUUGUGCGCCACAGCAGCAGCAGCAGCAACAACAACAACAACAACAAUGCCAUGAGCACCAAGCACACGGUUCUACUGCCACGCGUCUCGCCUUCUUCUUCUUCUUCAUCCUCUUCGUCGUCGUCCUCCUCCUCUGACUCCGACUCUCCUUCUUCUUCUUCUUCUUCGUACACUCUCCCAUUGCUCCACGCCACAUUGCCCGGGUGGUCCUCGACGAGCUCGGAUGAUCAGGUCGAUACCGUCCGCGCAUCAUUGUUGCUGCAGCGGUUGAGCGUCGAUGCCGGCGAGCGCCCCUUCUUUUCGCCAUCCGCCUCGUUGCCUCUUGCGGCGCGUGUGGUCGUCAACUCGUCUGAAUUCACCGUCUCAUGGGAAGGCCAGUAA